UUGGCAAAACAUUUUGUAAAUUUCAAUAUUUAGAGAUGUGAACGCUGAGUAGAAAACAAAGAAGACUCUUCUCUGUUUUUGUGGUGUAUAAUUUUCUUACUCUUUGACUCCUUCAUAGAGCCUCAUAUUUGUAAGUAAAAAUCAAACUAUCCUCCUGCUAAUAAAGAAACAUCUCCAUAAGUAUCUCUUCCUAUCUCAAUUCUUUUAACUUAGCUCACGCAUGGACACUGCAAGAUCCAUGAUCUUAUUUGCCUCACUGUUAUUCAGUCUUUUCCUAAUUCCAAGCGUCCCCGUUCGAGCAACAACAGAGUUUACUUUCCGAGGUUUUAAAGGAAACAAAACAGAGAUUCGUAUUGCAGGAGAAGCUGCACUGAUAAAUCCAGACGGGUUACUGAGACUCACAAACCGAGCCUCAAACGUCACCGGUACAGCUUUCUACCACAAACCGGUGAGGUUGCUGGAGACCAACAGAAACUCAACCACAGUUGGUUCUUUUAGCACUCGUUUCGUCUUUGUUAUAAUCCCUUCCAGCUCUAGCAGCGGAGGCUUUGGCUUCACGUUCACGCUAUCUCCAACCCCUAACCGUCCCAAUGCUGGAUCCGCACAGUACUUGGGAGUUCUCAACAAAGAGAACAAUGGUGAUCCAAGGAAUCACGUGUUCUCAGUGGAAUUCGACACGGUACAAGGAUCAGGAGACGACACUGACAGAAUCGGAAACGACAUCGGUCUUAAUUUCAACAACCGAACAUCGGAUUUCCAAGAGCCGGUCGUGUACUACCAGAACGAUGAUCCAAACAAAAGAGAAGACUUCGAGCUUGAGAGUGGCAAUCCGAUUCAAGCUCUUCUGAAUUACGAUGGACCAACACAAACGCUAAACGUCACAGUUUAUCCAGCGAAACUGGGGUUUAAACCCAACAAACCAUUGAUCUCACGACAGAUUCCAAAACUGGCUGAUAUCGUGGAAGAAGAAAUGUACGUAGGAUUCACAGCAGCCACGGGGAAAAGAGAUCAGUCGAGUGAUCACUACUUGAUGGGUUGGAGUUUCUCAAACGUAGGAGAAAACCCCAUUGCAGCUACACUAGACCUUUCUGAGCUUCCUCCUCCUCCUCUGAACAUUGCCAACACCAAGAGACGCUUCAAUUCUCGGAUCAUCGUAUUGUUCGUGUCUUUAUCUACCGUUAUGCUCAUCAUGCUUGUGUUACUCUUCUUCUUCGUCAUGUACAAGAGACGAUUGCGACAAGAAGAGAUUCUGGAAGACUGGGAAAUCGACCAUCCUCGCAGAUUCAGAUACAGAGAUCUCCACGUCGCCACUGAUGGAUUCAAGGAGAAUGGGAUCAUCGGAACCGGAGGAUUUGGAACUGUUUACAAAGGGAAACUCCCUAAUUCAGAUCUCAUCGCUGUGAAGAAGAUUAUUCCAAACAGCAGACAAGGCGUAAGAGAAUUCAUGGCAGAGAUAGAGAGCUUAGGGCGUGUGAGGCAUAGGAACCUGGUGAAUCUCCAAGGAUGGUGCAAACAUAGAAAAGAUCUUUUGUUGAUUUAUGAUUACAUCCCCAACGGAAGCUUGGACUCGCUUCUCUACAGUGUCCCGAGGAGAACCGGCGCCGUUUUGCCGUGGAACGCGCGUUUUGAGAUCGCCAAAGGAGUCGCGUCUGGGUUGCUGUAUCUCCACGAAGAGUGGGAACAGAUCGUGGUGCACAGAGACGUGAAGCCAAGCAACGUUCUGAUAGAAUCAAACAUGAACCCUAGGUUGGGAGAUUUCGGGCUUGCGAGGCUUUACGAAAGAGGGACGAUGUCGGAGACGACAGGACUCGUUGGGACGAUUGGGUACAUGGCCCCUGAGUUAGCUCGUAACGGUAAACCCUCGUCUGCGUCUGAUGCUUUCGCGUUUGGCGUUUUGCUGUUGGAGAUGGUGUGCGGGAGGAAACCAACGGAUUCCGGUAGCUUCUUCAUAGUCGAUUGGGUUAUGGAUCUGCACGCGAGCGGUGAGAUUCUCAGUGCAGUUGAUCCCAGACUUGGAUCUGAUUACGACGGCGGCGAAGCAAGGGUCGCUCUCGCCGCGGGGUUGCUGUGUUGCCACCAAAAUCCGGAGUCUCGGCCGUCGAUGAAAGGGGUGCUUAGGUUUCUAAACGGAGAUGAGGAAGUUGCUGAGUUUGACGAUGACUGGAGGUAUUCAAAGUCAUCAAGAAGCGAUUUUGGAUCGAGAUUUGUAGGAUGUGUUUCAUCAACGAGCUCAAAAGCUUCUUCUCCGUUCGUUACUAGGAUCACUUCCACUUCUCAUGUUAAUAGUGGUUGAUAGAUACACCACUGUAUACUUAUCACUUCCACAAACCUUUUUCUUGUUAAUUUAAUUCCAGUUUGUGCACACAAAAAUAAAUUAAUUCCAG